CUAGAACUCCCAUAGUAAAUGAACCGAACUUUGUCGACUAUCAGUAAAGCCAACAGUCGCUGCUUUCGCGCUAUACUCAGAGAACCUACGCAAGAGUUACGAUGAUCCAUGCCGUGCUCAUAUUCAACACAUCCGGCAUUCCAAGGCUGACCAAGUUUUACACGCCUCUCCACCAAUCUUCUCAGACGUUGAUUCAAAAGAUAUUUUCUCUCAUAUCCAUCCGACCUGCGGGACUCUGCAACUUUCUAGAUGCACCGGAACUUGAGGCGUUUAUCGGCCCCAAGGAUGACUCGGACGAGAGAUGGCGCGUCGUAUACCGAAAUUACGCGACCCUAUACUUUGUAUUUGUCGUCGAUGGUGCAGAAAGCGAACUGGGCAUCCUGGACUUGAUACAAGUUUUCGUGGAAGCACUCGACCGGCACUUUGAGAAUGUUUGUGAACUGGACCUAGUGUUCCAUUUCGACGAGGCCCAUCACAUCCUUGCGGAAAUCAUACAAGGCGGCCUUGUCUUGGAGACCAAUGGUGAUGAAAUCAGUAAUUCAGUGAAACUAGCGUCGAAGGCCAGAAAGAACUCGUUUGCAUCAGCAAAUCCUUUAGCUCUAGGCAGCGGAGUCGGAGGGGCGCGAAGCGGAUCUCUGCAGACUCCACUGGGAUGGUUGACUGACAGGCUGACAGGUGUUGCUACUCGGUGAACUGCUUGAAACAGUUUCACGUGUAAUGGCGCGAUGUCGGGUUCACAGUGGUAAUUAAAGAUAGUAGGAUUUCACAACUCCCACCCAAAUAACUGCGACGCCGGUUGUAGCUCCAGGUCCCAAUCUGUCCUAUUCUUGCGCUGGCAAUAAAGAU